AUGAAGUCGCAAGUUGCCCUUACAGCCGUAGGGCUGGUUGGCGGCGCCACUGCCGCUUCCGAGCCUCUGCUGCCGCUUCCUCCCAUGGGCUUCAAUAACUGGGCCCGCUUCAUGACCAACAUCACCGAGGGCAUCUUCGUCGACGCCGCCGAGGCUCUCAUCAAGACUGGCCUGCGCGACGUCGGCUAUAACCGUCUCAACCUCGACGAUGCCUGGUCCACCAUGGAGCGCGCCGCCAACGGCUCCAUGGUCUGGGACUCCAAGAAGUUCCCCAAGGGCCUCCCGUGGCUGACCUCGUACAUGAAGUCCAAAGGCUUCAUCCCGGGCAUCUACACCGACGCCGGUAGCCUCUCGUGCGGCGGCUACCCCGGUGCGCUCGACCACGAGGAGAUUGACUGGAAGGACUUCAAGGCCUGGGGCUUCGAGUACCUGAAGAUGGACGGCUGCAACCUGCCCGACGGUGGCGAGCCCGUGUACCAAGAGGUGUACUCCCGCUGGGGCAAGCUCAUCACCGAGGACCCCGAGGCCAUGAUCUUCUCCGACUCGGCGCCCGCGUACUUCUCCGGCGCGGACAACCUGACCGAUUGGUACACCGUUAUGGGCUGGGCGCAGAAGAUGGGCCACCUUGCACGCCACUCGGCCGAUAUCCAGACCUACCCCAAGGGUAAGUCGUGGCCCAGCAUGAUGUACAACUACGACCAGCACGUCCGCCUGGCGCGCUACCAGAGGGUCGGCUUCUUCAACGACCCCGACUUCCUGAACGUCGACCACCCGUCGUACACCCUCGACGAGAAGAAGAGCCACUUUGCUCUGUGGUGUACCUUCAGCGCGCCUCUGCUGCUCAGCACCGACCUCACGGCCAUCACCAAGGAGGAGGUCGAGUACCUCUCCAACAAGGACCUUAUCGCCAUCAACCAGGACAAGCUCAUUCAGCAGGCCACGCUCGUCAGCCGCGACAGCAACUGGGACGUGCUUUCCAAGGAUGUUGAGAACGGCGACCGCAUCGUCACUGUCCUCAACAAGGGCGCCUCGGCUGGCAGCCUCACCGUGUCGUGGGAGCGCGCCGGUCUGUCCACCAAGGCUCUCCGCCGCGGCAAGGACGUCUCUGUCAAGGACCUCUGGACGGGCAAGACGACCAAGGUCGACGCCAAGAGCGGUGGCAUCACUGCGAGCAACGUCCCGUCGCACGGCACUGCCGUCUUCCGCAUCGCCAAGUCCGUCAGCCCCGUCACUCCCACAGGUCUCAUCUUCAACACCCUCAGCAUGAAGUGCCUCACAGACGACAAGUCCGGCAAGGUCAGCUUCAAGGCUUGCGACGGUUCCGAUGGACAGACGUGGCAGGUGCGCCGUGACGGCCACAUCAACAGCCUUCUCCGCCCCGAUGAGUGCAUCGUCGACGCCGAGGGCAAGAUUCUCUCGCGCCACUCGGGCUGCCACACCGACGGAUGGAGCUACGCCGUCUCUGGCAACCUGAUCAACGGAAACUCGGCAAACUGCCUGACUGAGGCUGCCGAUGGUACUGCGACCGCGACGAAGUGCGGAUACGAGCUUAAUGAGCAGGUCGUUGCUCUGCCCGUUGGCGUGACGGUCAACGAGAAGUAG